AUGCUAUCCUACAGCGUGCUGGACGCAAAUGUGGUGGAUGUGGAGAAAAGGAGAAACCCUUCUAAGCACUAUGUAUAUAUCAUAAACGUAACAUGGUCUGACUCAACUUCCCAGAUCAUCUACCGGAGAUACAGCAAAUUCUUUGACCUGCAGAUGCAGCUUCUGGAUAAAUUCCCCAUUGAAGGAGGCCAGAAAGACCCCAAGCAGAGGAUCAUCCCCUUUCUACCAGGUAAAAUCCUGUUCCGGAGGAGUCAUAUUCGAGAUGUAGCUGUGAAGAGACUGAAGCCCAUUGACGAAUAUUGCAGGGCACUGGUCAGACUUCCUCCUCACAUUUCACAGUGUGAUGAAGUCUUUAGGUUCUUUGAGGCUCGACCAGAGGACAUUAACCCUCCGAAAGAGGACUAUGGCUCCUCAAAAAGAAAAUCAGUUUGGAUGUCCAGUUUCUCUGAGACGCCAAGGAAGGAUGUUACAGGUGCUGAUGCUAGUUCUGAACCCAUGAUCCUGGAGCAAUAUGUGGUGGUGUCCAGCUAUGAGAAACAGGAGAACUCGGAGAUCAGCCUUCAGGCUGGGGAAGUCGUGGACGUAAUAGAGAAAAACGAAAGCGGUUGGUGGUUUGUGAGCACAGCAGAGGAACAGGGCUGGGUCCCUGCCACAUACCUGGAAUCCCAAAAUGGAACUAGAGAUGAUUCAGAAAUUAACACAUCCAAAGCUGGGGAAGUUUCUAAGCGACGCAAGGCUCACCUGAGACGCCUGGACCGGCGAUGGACGCUGGGCGGGAUAGUCAACAGGCAGCAGAGUCGAGAAGAGAAAUAUGUCACAAUCCAACCGUACACCAGCCAAGGGAAGGAUGAGAUUGGGUUUGAAAAAGGGGUCACCGUGGAGGUCAUCCAAAAGAACCUGGAAGGAUGGUGGUACAUAAGGCAUCUAGGUAAAGAAGGCUGGGCCCCAGCAUCCUACCUGAAGAAAGCUAAAGACGAUCUUCCGUCUAGGAAAAAGAACGUAACUGGGCCAGUGGAAAUUAUAGGCAACAUUAUGGAGAUCAGUAACCUGCUGAACAAGAAACCAUCCAGCGACAAGGAAACCCAAGCGGAAAACGAAACGGCGGAAUCCCACAUCACAAAGAAAGAAAUUAGCUUGCCCAUCUUGUGCAAUGACUCUAAUGGCAAUGCCAUGAUGACCUCAGACAAGCAGGCUUCGAAACUGGCUCAGGGAUCCCCUGCUGUAGCGAGGAUCGCACCACAAAGAGCUCAAAUAAGCUCUCCAAAUCUAAGAACUAGGCCUCCACCACGGAGAGAAUCCAGUCUGGGCUUCCAGUUGCCUAAACCACCUGAGCCGCCGUCAGUGGAAGUGGAAUACUACACCAUUGCAGAAUUCCAGUCUUGUAUUUCUGACGGAAUAAGCUUUCGUGGAGGACAAAAGGCAGAGGUUAUUGAUAAGAACUCUGGUGGCUGGUGGUAUGUACAGAUUGGAGAGAAAGAAGGGUGGGCUCCAGCAUCUUACAUUGAUAAAAGGAAGAAGCCAAAUUUAAACAGAAGAACCAGUACUCUAACCCGACCCAAGAUCCCUCCCCCAGCACCUCCCAGUAAACCAAAAGACGCAGAAGAAGGUACAGCUCCUGGGACUGUUUCAUCAGGAGAAGCCCAGGACUCCCCACAAAAGCUCAGAUAUGAAGAACCGGAGUACGAUGUGCCUGCCUUUGGCUUUGACUCAGAGUCUGAGGCGAAUGAGAGCCAUGGAGAUGAUAGUUCCUUGGAAAAACGUCUGUUUCAGCCACUCAAGCCGUCCCCUGUCUCAUCCCUGCAGAGGGCAAAGUUCAGAGUUGGUGAGUCUUCAGAGGAUGUUGCUCGUGAAGAAGAGAUCAUCUAUGAAAAUGAGGGAUUCAGACCUUAUGUGGAGGACACUUCAUCAUGUAAAGAAUCCAGCGGAGACUCGGAUUCCCAAAAAAGCUCCUCUCUCUCUCUCAUCCGAAGAAACUCUCCAUGCUCCAGUUCUCCCAAAUCAUCACUCCUGAAGCUCAAAUCUGACAAAAGCCUUCAGCCCGAUCUUGGAAAAUGUCACUACUCCAAGAACGAUGAGAUAAAACCUAGAUCAGCCUCAGAUGUUGGCUUACGUAGCAUGCCAAGAACAAGUGCAAAGAAGGAGCCUGGACAGAGCCCCUCAACCAAAGCCAAGCCAAUGGUUAGACCUAAACCCUUCCUCAAUAAGGCAGAUUCUCAGAGCCAAGAAAAAAUGGAUAUCAGCACUUUAAGGCGUCAGCUGAGGCCAACUGGGCAGCUCAGAGGUGGACUUCAAGGUUCGAGAAGUGAAGAGUCCGAAAGCCCUCCACAAAUAGCUCCUGAGAGCCAAGACGACUCUCUUAGAAGAAGCUCCGCAGAUCUCAUUACAUCUCCUUCCCAUGCCAUUUUCUGCUCUAACCAUCCAGCCAAGACAGAGCAAGAGAAUGACACAAAAUGUUUUUAUGUGACCUCUGACUCUUACCAAAAGGUUCAGGAUUCUGAACUCUGCUUCCCAGCAGGAGUGGAAGUGGAAGUGUUGGAAAAGCAAGCCAGUGGAUGGUGGUACAUGAAGUAUGGAGAUAUGGAAGGGUGGGCUCCUUCCCAUUACCUGGUACUUGCCGAUAACCAACAACGAGAAACCUCAGAGACCGACAUCUCGCUGGCCAGGAACAGAAGAAAUGAAAGCAAGUCAAACAGCUUGGAGAAGAUAGAGAAAAGAGUUCAGGCUUUGAACACCAUCAACCAGAGCAAAAGAGCAAUGCCCCCCAUUCCAAGCAAACCCCCUGGCGGCUUUUCCAAAACUUCAGGGGCUGUGAAAAUGAGGAAUGGAGUGAGACAGUUAGCAGUGAGGCCACAGUCUGUGUUCGUCUCCCCGCCCCCAAAGGAUAAUAACCUGUCCUGCUCUCUGCGCAGGAACGAAUCCUUAACUACUACAGACCAUCUAAGGGCUGUCCGCCGGAAUUCCUCUUUCAGCAGUGCGCGAUCACAGCCCGGUGACUCGAAGGCAAAGCCGGCUGAUCAAUCGGGCAUAGAGGGAUUGGAGACAACCUCCAACCUAUCCACUCAGCGCAAUGGAAUCCCAGUGUCCACUGUCCGGCCAAAGCCCCUUGAAAAAUCCCAGUUCAUCCACAACAACCUCAAGGAUAUCUACGUUUCCAUUGCAGACUAUGAGGGGGAUGAGGAGACGGCAGGGUUUCAGGAAGGUGUCUGCAUGGAGGUCCUGGAAAGAAACCCAAAUGGUUGGUGGUACUGUCAGAUCAUGGAUGGUGGGAAACCAUUUAAAGGCUGGGUGCCCUCAAAUUAUUUGGAGAAAAAAAAUUAA